UAAGCAGGUGCACGUGAGGUGACCGUCUGCUAGACGGAUCAGUAAUUAAGUAUAUGAACCUCCUCGUGACGUUCCCCGGGUAGUUUUGAAAACCUUUUAUCAACUAGUUCCGCGUGAUUAUGUUCUAUAGACCGGACGGUCACUGGACGAUAUAAUGUUCACGGUAUUUCGCAUGUUACUAAUACUAAUCCACUUUUCAUGUGACUUAUUUGCCGCGUUUUAUAAUUGCUGUAUGAUCCUUCAUCGUAAGUUUAUCGAAAUAUGGUACGGUGAAAACUUAAGGACAGAGAUCGAAAUACUGACGCGUGCCGCGAACAAGAUGAAAAAGCUACCAAGACAUAUAGUGAUCGUUUUCGGCGCGAAGGAGAACACUAUUUUCGAUUGUAUACGAAUUAUUAGAUGGUGUUAUACCCUUGGUAUAUCUUACAUCAGUUUCUUUGACAUCAGUGGUUUUCUAGUCCGAAAUGAAAAUUUAUUAAAAUACGAACUUGCAAAAAGACAACCUGAUUUAAUGGAGUAUAUCAAUUGGAGUAAAUCAAAUGCAGGAUUCUCUCAAAAUGGAAUUACUGAUUCUAAAUCGAAAAUGCGGAUAUUUUUAUUGUCCUCUCUAGAUGGAAAAAAAGAAAUAGUAUCCUUGACAAAAACAUUAGCUGAAGCUGUAAUCACAGGAACAAUUAAACCGGAAGAAAUAAAUAUCGAAUUACUCGAUGAGAAAUUAAAUUCACGAAAAAUGCCGGAUCCUGAUUUAGGAAUAAUUUAUGGCCGUGUUUGUUCCACAUAUGGUGUUUUACCGUGGCAAACACGAAUAACAGAAUUUUACAUGUUACCUUUACACAUUAGUUUAUCUGCAAAGGAUUUUAUAUGUCUGUUGGAAAAAUAUAAUAAAAGUGAACAAAGAUACGGAAAAUAACUGAAAACUUUGUUGUUUUUUUCAUUUGAGUAAAGCAAAAAUAUGUUAAUGUAUCCAAAAACAAAAAACAGACGGAUGAAACAAAAAAGUAGCUUUUGAGGAGAUUUUUUACAAAGACUGAACUUACAAUAAUUUACAGAUACUAUUUUAUAAGUGAUUGUGUGCUAAAUAAACUUAUGAUGGCUACAUGUGUAGCACAAAUCUUGUUUUAUGAGCCGAUUUUAACGUGUAUCGAAAAUAAUAAGAAUUUAGGUAAUUCAAUUUGAAAAGAUUUUCAUGAAUCAAAGAGAAAAUUCCACAGAAAGUUGCAAAAUUGAAAUAUCUUAAUUGUAUUUUUAAUUAUGUGAAAUAUAAUAAUUGUCCUGCCAUAAAAUAAUAUCAUAGAAAAAAAAAAUAUUAAAAAUGUGAUAUUUCAAUGCGA